AUAAGCUUCAAAUGUCAUGAACUUUCAAAGCUUUAGUCUCCUUCAGUUGAGAAAUUCUGGUACCACAAGAUGUUUGAUUGCGGUUCCAAAGCUCAGUUUAUGGAUGGCCACAAAGAGAAAUUUGUAAGGUUGGAGGAUUCAAGUCCAAGAUUAUCGGUUACCUCUGAUAUAGGCAGAAUGAAGAAAUGUCGAUUUAGUAUCGAGGCCUUAGGCCUUAGAUCAGACAAAACAUCAAAGUCCUUUAAAAGGGGUGUUCUUAAGGGCUCCGAAGGACUUAGAUCACUAGGCCGAUCACUUCGGUUCGGAGUUGCUAGAGCUGUUUUCCCUGAAGACCUUGAACAAUCUGAGAAAAAAAUAUUCGAUCCUCAAGACAAAUUCCUUCUCAGGAUGAACAGAUUCUUUAUCAUAUUAUACAUUUUUUCAUUUGCCGUUGAUCCGCUGUUCUUAUAUCUCCCUAUAGUCGAUAAAGACUCUAAUUGUUUCAGCAUACAUGGAGGUUUAGCUAUUGCAACAAUCACAUUACGGUCAUUGAUCGAUUCUUUAUAUCUAGUUCGUAUAGCUCUCCAGUUUCGUACCGCAUACAUUGCUCCAUCGUCCCGGGUAUUUGGUAGAGGUGAGCUUGUAAUUGAUCCUCAACAAAUAGCCAAUCGAUAUCUUAAGCAUAAUUUCAUCUUCGACUUUCUUUCGGUACUACCUCUGUCUCAGAUUGCUAUUUGGAGAUAUUUUCUCACCUCAGAUGUUGCCGAUACAAAGAGAGCACUAGGCUAUAUUUGCUUUCUCCAAAUUAUUCCGAGAUUUAUUCGAAUAAUUCCAUUGAUGAAAGAGAUGAGAAGAACUGAUGGUUUCUUUGCUAGUAGUCCAUGGGCCGGUGCUCUAUACUAUCUUGCAUGGUUUAUGCUUGCAAGCCAUGCAUGUGGUGGAUUUUGGUACUUAUUUGCCAUCGAACGGGAAGAUACAUGUUGGAAUUUAGCUUGUGCAAACAACAGUACCUGCAAAGUGGAUUUCUUGUACUGCGGCAAUGGCCAUUUAGACGGUUUUGAUCGAUGGCAAAAUGUGAGCAGCGAAGUUCUUACGGCUGAAUGCAAUGUAGACAGCAAUAACCCGCAAUUCAAUUUCGGUAUCUUUGCACAGGCAUUUACAUCAGGAAUAGUUUCAGAUAAGAGCUUCACCAACAAAUUCUUUUAUUGCUUGUGGUGGGGUUUACAGAAUUUAAGUACACUUGGUCAGGGGCUUCAAACAACCACAUAUUAUGUGGAAAAUGUCUUUGCUAUAAUACUUUCGAUUCUUGGAUUGAUAUUCUUUUCAAUUCUCAUCGGUAAUAUGCAGACUUACCUUCAAUCGAUGAGCGUACGGGUUGAAGAAAUGAGAGUUAAAAGGCGGGACUCAGAGCAAUGGAUGCAUCAUCGGCUGCUGCCGCCUGAACUUAGGGAACGUGUUAGGCGAUACGAUCAAUACAAGUGGAUGGAGACAAGAGGCGUCGAUGAAGAAAGUUUGGUUCAAUCUUUGCCCAAAGAUCUCCGAAGGGACAUCAAACGACAUCUUUGUUUGGGUCUAGUUAGAAGGGUGCCUCUGUUUGCGAACAUGGAUGAGAGGCUGUUGGAUGCAAUAUGUGAGAGAUUGAAACCGAGUUUGUACACGCAAAAUACAUACAUUAUAAGAGAAGGAGACCCUGUUGAUGAAAUGUUGUUUGUAAUACGAGGCCGGAUGGAGAGUGUGACUACUGACGGCGGUAGGAGUGGUUUUUUUAAUAGAGGAUUACUGAAGGAAGGAGGUUUCUGCGGCGAGGAGUUACUAACUUGGGCUUUAGACCCCAAAUCAAGUGCAAACCUCCCGUCAUCGACACGGACUGUGAGAGCAUUAUGCGAAGUAGAAACAUUCGCAUUGAGAGCCGAUGAAUUGAAGUUUGUAGCUAGUCAAUUUAGGCGUCUACAUAGUAAACAAGUUCAACAUACAUUUCGGUUUUAUUCACAGCAGUGGAGGACAUGGGCUGCAUGUUUUAUUCAAGCAGCAUGGAGAAGGCAUACGAAAAGGAAGGCGGCAGAGCAGAGACGGCGCGAGGAAGGGGGUAAUUCUAGCCCGGAUAGUAAUUCCGGUAGCUCUUCUAGUUUGGGUGCGACAUUAUAUGCAUCGCGCUUCGCUACGAAUGCAAUGAGAGGAGUUCAGAGGCAGAGAGCUAGAAGUGGCAGAGACUUAGUGAAGAUGCCGAGGAAGCCAUCUGAGCCUGAUUUUACUGCAUAUGAUACUUACUGAUACUAUAAAGAGUUUUGCAAUGUUCACUUGAUAUUGGGAAUUAUUGACUGAUAUAUACUAUAAAGAUUAUGAGAAUGUAUUACAUCAUGCAAUGAAUU